CCCAAGUAACCAUCCAAACUUUGGAUCCAUUAUUUGGGUUGCAAAAUCUCACCCUUAAAUUCAGAUAAGAAUAAGCAGGUUAAGACUUUAUGGCUGGUAGGUUACCUGGUGUUGGGUUGCUUCCAAGGAAGAGAACAGAGCAACCCCAUAGAUAUGAACACCAUGCCACCUACCGUCACUCCCACCCGAGGGACGAAUCAUCAUUGGAGCCACCAUGGCUUUCAAUUAGUGUCUUAGAUGAUACUGCCCUCAAGGCCAGGCAACGUUUGCAGAAGAAGCUUGGACACUUCUUUUCCUCUUCCAGGUCAAGUGAGAAAUCAAAAAAAGAAGGAAAAGAAAGCCAAAGCAACAAGCAGCGGCAGAAGGAUGUAGGAUUGGGUAGGAAGUUAUUAGAAAGUUCAUGGUUAUUGCGUCCAAACAAGUUUAAGAAAGAGAGAAAAGUGUGUGCUGUUUGCCUAGAAGAUUGCCAGCAACAGCAGCAAGUUAUGAACCUUUCUUGCUCUCAUAAAUACCAUUCAGCAUGUCUUCUUCCCUGGCUUGCAACACAUCCCCAUUGUCCUUAUUGUCGAACCCCAGUUGAGCCUUCAUGAUAUAUAUAAUAUACCCGUUCCAUGCUUUUGGCUGUUUGCAAAUGGGGUCUCAAAAUUUUCAUUUUACUUUAUGUUUUGCGCAUUUGUAACAUAUUGUAAUCAUAAUGCUGUCUUGUUGAAGGGAGCUGAGAAAUGUGAAAGCAAUGCAUUGCAAUCUUUCAUUUGAGCACGUUUCUUGAGGCUUCAUAAGAUUAUCACAUUUAGCUAGUUUCUCUUCACAAGUAAUGGAAAACCUCUUUUCCCUUUAUUUUAUUUAAUUAAUUUCACUUGU